AUGUCAAGCAAUGAGUCCGGCAGUGAUCGGGACGAAGAGGUAGACACAAUUCCUCCACCACCAGAAAACAUCGAAUUGCCGGUUCACCUACCCACAUCUGAAAUCUGGGAGCACAGCUUCGUGGCCGGUCUUCUCAAGCGCAUCUUUGCGGCUUCACUGGUGGGAGAAUCUGACUCACAAUAUAAUCGCGCAGCAGCAGCCGCGGAUAGUUUUCAGAAGUCGCUCAACGUGAAGAUAUCAUAUGAUGAAGCGGUCCAGAUGUGCAAUCUCGCUCAGAAAAGUCUCAUGCGGCAGAAGAUGAUUGUUCGACUCAAAGACAACCAGCUUCCUCUCACAGUCGUUGGGGAUAUUCACAGUAAUAUCAUCCACUUGAGAAGGAUAUUCGGUACUCUUGGAUGGCCAGGAGAAGGAAAUAAUUACUUAUUCCUUGGCGAUUACGUAGAUCGUGGCAGUCAGGGUGUAGAAACGAUGUGCUUGUUGCUGGCCCUUCAAUAUCGCUAUCCGACUCGAGUGCACAUCUUACGAGGUAAUCAUGAAGAGGCUAACACUACGCUCGGCUAUGGAUUUUAUGAUGAGUGCCGCAGCAAAUUUCCCCAAGACAAUCAAGGCCAUUUGAUUUGGCGACAUUUUAUUGAUGUAUUUGGUUGUCUCCCCGCGAUGGCCAUUAUCUCGGAAAAGAUAGUUUGCAUGCAUGGGGGUCUCAGCCCCUAUAUGGACCGCAUUGAAGAUCUUGACCAGAUUGAACGCCCUUGUUCUGUGCCAGCAUAUGGAAUCCUUUGUGAUACAGUCUGGUCCGAUCCAGAUCCCGAUGUCACCGGAUGGCGGCUUUCAAAAAGAUGGGUGUCAUUUGCUUUUGGAGGGGAUGUUAUCGAAGAUUUUUGCAAAAGAAAUAAUUUUGACAUGAUUAUUCGGGCACAUCAAAUCACCAGGCCUAUGUUUCGCUGGGGUUAUCGAUGGUUUACAAAUGGACGGUUGGUGACGAUUUUCUCAUCGACAAACUACCAGAAUAACAACAACAAUGCUGCUGUGGCAAGCAUCAGUACAAAGCUUCGAAUUCAUUAUGUAACAUUCCGUUGCCGCAUGUGGGAUGAGUGGCAAGUAGAUAAUGUUCUAGCGUCCGACACGUGC